AUGUCGGUGCCAGCAAAGUUCAUCGAUGUGGUGGCCGUCGGCGAGUCUUGCCCUUCACCAUCCGAAUCCGAGCUGGGAAAGAGUGUGAACAUGGCAGACUCAUGCACCACGCUCCCAGCCAGCGCGAGUAACGGCACUAUCAAGCUUGAAUCGCCCACCACGGUGUCCUCCGACGAGCCCAACGAGCCCGAUGUGGAGAAUGCCUCAGAGGACGGAAGCCCACAUUCACAUUGUCAUGGCGCCGAUGGAAAGUGCACUUGCCCCAGUAUCUGGACAAGGACAACCUGUGGGCUUCCCCUGGGUGGCUUCUUCCUUGCCUUCCUGAAUUCCGUAGCGUCAAGCGUGAGCUACGGAUUUUUCUUGGGAUACAUGGGCCUCGACUCCUACGUGGUGAUGUCCAUUGGCGCCCUCAUGAAGCUUCCGCAGGUGUUGCUUUUGCCCUUCGGCAUGAUGAAUGAUUGCUUCCCCAUCUGUGGCCAGCACAGGAAGCCGUACUUCGUUGCGGCAUGGAUCCUUUGCGGCACUUCGCUCUUGGUGAUGACUGUCCGUCCACUUCCCGAGCCCUAUUACUGCCAGCUUCCCGACGGAAGUUUUGACAUCAUGUCGCCACCAUGCAAUCCCGAGAUCCAUACCCUGAAGAACUGGUAUGUCUUCCCCUUGCUCGUCCUUGUUGCGGGCAUCCAGAUGGGCUGCGUGGCAGGAGAGGGGCUCCUGCUUGAGUAUUCCCAAAAGGAGCCAGCAAAGUGCCGAGGCAAGAUGAAGGCUGAGUUCACCAUGGUCACAAUGGGUGGCUCACUUCUUUCCUCCGCCUUCAUGGGGGUGUUCAUGAAUGGAAAGGAGUACUUGGGCACAUUCCAUUGGAGCUUGUCCUUCCGCAGUCUGAUGGCUGUGUGCUUAGGGAUCGCCAUUUGCAUCUUCCCCAUGAGCUUGUGGUGCGUCACCGAGCCCAAGAAGGAAGAGCGCCAAUCAUGCCGUGCACAUGUAAAAUCCUCCUGGAAGCUCGUCAAGAACAAGGGCCUGUCCGCCGUGCUGCUCUUUGCCUUCAUCAUGCAGUUCUUUUCCACCAUAUCAACGACUGCAGGGCCAAUGGUCCGGAGCCAAUGGGCUGGGGUGAAGGUCUUGCAGCAGCAGAUGUUCAUCAUGGGCAGCAUGCUGGUGAUGAUGUUGGCAACUUGGGUCUACAAGGAGUACUUCCUCCAGGUAAGCUGGCGCAAGGCGAUUCUUUUCGCAAUCCUGGGGGUGACGGUCUCGGACUCUAUCCCGACCUUUCUCGCAGUGUUCGAUGUCGUUCGAAACCAGUAUUUCUUCCUGGGUGAGGAUAUCCUGGGAGCUGUGCCGUCUACGGCACUCUCCUUGGUGUUGAACUUGAUGGUCAUUGAACUCGCAGAGCCUGGGCGAGAAGGCCUUUGCUACGGCUUGAUUGGGACUGUCAUGCAUGCCAGCCAGCCCAUCGCAACCGCCAUGAGCAAUCAGGUCUUCGGUCUCUUCCAGCCCAACCUGUCCGAUCCCCGCAACUACCUGGCAGACACACCCAGCUUCAGGAACACCGUGGCUUUGUCCUAUGCGCUAGCCUACGGUGCAUCCAUGCUUGGAGCGUGCGCGCUGCCCCUGAUUCCCAAGCAGAAGGCUGAUGUCCAAAGGCGCAAGAAGGAGUGGAGCGCCAGCCUGCCUAUGGCAAUUUUGGUGUUGGGCAUCCCAGCUCUCUGCCUUCCCUAUGGUGUUGCGGUGCUGCUGCUCAGCUCCCAGCCUGAGACAGCAUGCAUGCGCUGGAUCGGUGGCCCGGGCUGCCCGUAA